GCAACUAGAAAUGAGGUGCAGGUACCCUGGGCAAGACCCUUGCUUCCCCACAGAGGGGACCAAGACACUUAGGUGGGUGACUCAGUACCAUGGCUUGCAGUGCUUGGAUGUAAGCACUCAUUUCACGUAUGACGAAACUGAGGAACAGGAAACAGAAUAGGACACAAUCAUGAGCCUGGUGUUCUGGACCAUACCCUCACUCUGCCAGCUCACUGCUAACUUGCUCAGCACCUGAGGCGUUCCUUUGCCUGCAGUCUUUUGGCUACAUCCUUCCCGUCCAUACUGGGUACAGCCCUGCUGAUGUCAGUGUGUUUUUGUAAAGUCACUGCCAGGGAUACUGGGCUUGCAGGUGUCUGUCUUGCACUGAGAACUUGGGAUGGGCCUGGAGGAACGUGGGAAAGACACCCUGUCUACAGCCGGGAAGUUAUUCCUAUCCUGGCCUUUACCAUUCUGUUCUGCAGACGACUGGGAGCACCCUGUAUGCAUUCCCACCCUGCCAUGGUGGGGAGUGGUCACUGACUAGAGGGUUCUGGGUGCUUUUUCCUGUGGGUGGAGCCUCAUGCCUUACCUCAUUUUCUAGCCUGAUAGUGACAGGUGAGGUUGAGGUGGUGAUUGAGUGUGGGGUCCCAGGUCACUGCUGAUAUUGCUGAACAAAGGGAUGAAUGUAUGCAGUGCGUGUAUGGGGAUCCCAGGGCAUCCAAGAGUCCCUUCACCCAUCCACCCAGAGCCAUAUACUGCAGAGAAACUAACCAGGAACAGCCCCCAAAGCUGCAUUGAUUACCUUAUUCUGAGCACAUGGCCUUUCCCUACUGGCAGGGGCAGAUACCUUCCUUCCUUCUCUAUAGCUUUGGUAGUGACAAGUGAGGCUGAGGGUGGUGAUUCUGAGUGGAAUCAGGUUGGAAGUGUCAGGGAACCGCCCCCUGCAAUGGGAGGGCAAGUAAGCUAGUUGCCCUCACAAGGCAGGUGGAGGGGCUUCCUGUUUGGCCAUAGCCCAUGGCAUCUUGUCCCUUAACCACAACGAGGAGAUGCCAGGACAGCAUCCUAUCAGCGCUUUCACACAAGGAAGUUCCACCAGCAAAUGCAGCAACUGCAGAUUAUUUCCCCUAAGAACACUCCUGUGGAACUGCAGCAGGCAGAAUGAGGCAUGGUGUGCUCUGCCUAUAGACUUGGAGAGCGCCUGGCAGGUGAGAAUAGGCCACCUUAGGCUUCCAUGGUCACUCUGGGAUGACUCCUAAGUGGCUACACGGUGGCCCCUGACUGUCAUGGUCCACGCUGUUUCUAGAGUGAACCUUACCCCCAUUUCAUGAUCUUGCUUUCCUCAUCCUGCUGGCAUGGCCCCACCUGUCUUUGGGCGCCCACCACACCUAGGCAGUGACCCAGCAGGGCCUGUUUAUUUUAGACAGGCUCUCGUUAUUGCCAGGCUGGUCUCAAGCCCCUGGCCUCAUGUGGUCCUCCCACUCCAGCCCUGACCCCCCCCCCCCCCCCAGUAGCGAGGGGACCUGGUUUAGAUCCACUGUCAUUCGCAAGGCUGGUCCCAGGGUCCUAGGUGAUUGGUCGAGAAAGAAUCCAGGAGGGCGGUGUUUCCUCCUGAAGGAUGGAGGGGCAUCUAGAAAGAGGCUUUUGGGAAAGCACUAGAUGCUUAGCUUGGCCAUAAGCGGUCACUGCUUUUCUGCUCCCUUCUGGGCAAAGUGGAUGCAGGGCUUGGCCGAAGGACCGGCCAUCAGGGAAAGUUUGCUCCAGAAGCAGCUCAGGCACCCGAAAACCCUUUCUCCAGAGUGGACACUGGGCACCAUUUACAGGAGUCAGGGAUGAGGGGCCAUGGGUUAAACCCAAGACAGGCUGCUUUGGCCAGUAAGCAUCCUCUCUUAGCCCCAAGGAAGGGUGCGGUUCCCGUUAGAAACUGUAAAGGAAAGGACCUAGUUCGUUCUUGUUUGUGGCACAUUUCGUGGCUCAUUAGGGAGAGAAUUUAUCAGAAAAAGGGAAAGACUAAUGUUUUCGACUCUGACCAUCGCCCCAGUUCUGAGGCCUCCGGGCCGUGGCUUCGGACUGCCAGCCGGUGGCAGCGUUCUGCUUUACGGCUUUGCCAUUCGCGGGUCCCCGGAGCCUUACUGCGAGCCAGGAAGGUGGGCAGCCGAGACGCGGCGUCCUAGCUUCCCAGAGCGGCCCGGACGGCGCCUCGGACCCGGACAGUUGGCUGACGUCACUUCCGGAUCGGCUCCGAUUGGCGGGGCGGGAGGGCCGAACGGGCGAGGUUGGGCGGCCGUGCUGCUCCGCGGUGCUGAGGCCAAAUAGUUGCAUCAUGUGUACCUAAUCCAAGAGUCUCACGCUUCUGCACCUGAGUGAGCAGCUCCUGUGCCCCGCCCUCAGAAAGCCCAACCCUUAGGCAAUGGCGGCCUUGUUCCUGUCUGCCUCACCCCAGGCUGAGGUGACCUUCGAGGAUGUGGCUGUGUUCCUCUCUCGGGAGGAAUGGGGCCGCCUGGGCCCUGCUCAGAGGGGCCUCUACAGGGACGUGAUGCUGGAGACCUACGGGAACCUAGUCUCACUGGGAGUAGGACCUGCAGGCCCCAAGCCUGGAGUGAUCUCGCAGUUGGAGCGAGGGGAUGAGCCCUGGGUCCUGGAUGUUCAGGGCACCUCUGGGAGAGAGCACCUGAAAGUCAACAGCCCAGCUCUUGGGACCAGAACUGAGUACAAGGAGUUGACUUCACAGGAGACAUUUGGUAAGGAAGAACUAGGCCAGCUGAGGGGGAUUUUUCCCCAGGGAUCUGAGCCGGUAGAAGCCUGUGACCACAUCAGGAAGGCAGAGGGGAGCCUGGAAAAGCUGGAGCAGAGAGGCCCCAGGGCAGUCACACUGACCAACGGCGAGAGCAGCGGGGGGUCUGGGGGAAGCCUCAGGUUGGUGUCACGACCUGUUCCCGAUCAGAGCCCUCACAAAUGUGAUAUAUGCGAGCAAAGUUUUGAACAGAGAUCCUAUCUCAACAACCAUAAGCGCAUACACAGGUCAAAAAAAACAAAGACAGUUCGUGACUCUGGGGAAAUCUUGAGUGCAAACUUAGUUGUUAAAGAAGAUCAGAAGAUUCCUACUGGGAAAAAAUUGCAUUAUUGCAGUUACUGUGGGAAAACAUUCAGGUACAGUGCCAACCUUGUCAAGCAUCAGCGGCUUCACAGCGAAGAGAAGCCCUACAAAUGUGAUGAGUGUGGGAAAGCCUUCAGCCAGAGCUGUGAGUUCAUCAACCACCGAAGGAUGCACUCAGGAGAGAUUCCCUACCGGUGUGACGAGUGUGGUAAGACAUUCACCCGGAGGCCCAACCUCAUGAAGCACCAGAGGAUUCACACUGGGGAGAAACCCUACAAGUGUGGUGAGUGUGGGAAACACUUUAGCGCCUACUCUUCCCUUAUUUAUCACCAGAGGAUCCACACUGGAGAGAAACCCUAUAAAUGUAAUGACUGUGGGAAAGCCUUCAGUGAUGGCUCAAUCCUUAUCCGCCAUCGUCGGACUCACACUGGAGAGAAGCCAUUUGAGUGCAAGGAAUGUGGCAAGGGCUUUACCCAAAGUUCUAACCUUAUCCAACAUCAGAGAAUUCACACUGGAGAGAAACCCUAUAAAUGUAAUGAAUGUGAGAAAGCUUUCAUUCAAAAAACCAAACUUGUGGAACAUCAGAGAAGCCACACUGGAGAGAAGCCCUAUGAAUGCAAUGACUGUGGCAAAGUUUUCAGCCAGAGCACACACCUCAUCCAGCAUCAGAGAAUUCACACAGGAGAAAAGCCCUACAAGUGCAGCGAGUGUGGGAAGGCCUUCCACAACAGUUCCAGACUCAUUCACCACCAGAGGUUGCACCACGGAGAGAAACCCUACAAAUGCAGUGAUUGCAAGAAAGCCUUCAGCCAGAGCACUUACUUGAUUCAGCACCGGAGGAUCCACACCGGGGAGAAGCCCUACAAGUGCAGUGAGUGUGGGAAGGCCUUCCGGCACAGUUCCAACAUGUGUCAGCAUCAGCGGAUUCACCUCCGGGAGGACUUCUCCGUGUAACAGUGGAGAAGUGUCUGAGGGCAGAGUCCAGCCGAGCACUUCCUGCAUGCACCCCCGGCACCUGACUCUGCCCUGUAUUGAUUAUCCACACGAUGUUUUCACAGGGUGAAAGGACAUUUCUCAUUAAACAAACCUCUUUUCUUAAAUGAAA